UUUGCACACGGACCGCAUAUGCAGAUUUGGUAUACAAAUUUCAACACAAUCUACUGGUAAGGAUCGAUAAUUUAAGGAGGUGGCGAGUUAGUUUGUAUUUUCGUCUUAAAAUGGCUACCACGGUUGCCGCAGAGAUACCAAAAGUGAUGAAAGCGUUGAUAAAAAACGCGGAAAAGGAAUCUUACGAGUACACGGAGAUUCCCGUACCGGAACCGGAAGGGGACGAAGUGCUGAUCCGCGUUGACGCCGUCUCGAUUUGCGGCUCGGACAUCGCGCUGUACAAAUGGACGCCGAUGGCGCGCGUUAUCGCGAGCGUUCCAUUCAUACCUGGCCACGAGAGUGCUGGAACCGUCGUCAAGUGCGGACCGGAAGCGACACUUGAGAUUGGUUCCCGCGUCGGCGUCGAGAAUCACUUCUACUGCGGCGACUGCUACCAGUGUGCCAACGACCUUCGGGAGAUAUGCAUGAACAUGGGCCAGUACGGUCACGGCCGGAAGACCAUGCACGGCGGCUGUUCCGAAUACUCGAUCGUGUCCCAGAAAUUCCUGUACAAGAUCACUGCCAACCUAAGCCCCGAGCAGAUCACGAUGAUGGAGCCGCUAGGGGUCGCCCACAACGGCCUUGAGAGGUUAAAGGUCAAGGACGAGGACGUUCUUGUCAUAGGUUGUGGCCCUAUAGGGUUGCUCGCGCAGAGACUUGCAAAGGUCAUGGGGGCAAAGAGAGUGAUAGGUGCGGACAUCGAAGACUGGAAGCUGAAGCUUGCUACCGAUAUGGGCACCGACAUCGUGGUCAACACUAAAGACAAUGACUUGAAAGAGGUCAUUAUGGAGCUCACGGGCGGGGCGGGCAUUGGCCGGAUAUGCGAGUGUUCCGGUGUGGCUGCCGUCGCCAACUCGUGCUUCUCGUACCUCCGGAAGGGUGGCCGCGUGGUGCUCAUUGGCCUGCCUAAGCAGCCUCUGCACUUUGAGAAUCCACUUCCGGAUAUAUUAUUUAAGUGUCUGACCAUCAAAACUGUGCACGGUCGCAAGAUCUACCACACGUGGGCGGCCGUCGAGGCGCUCUUGGCGGACCGGAAGGUGGACGUUGGUCACGUGAUCUCGCACCGGAUCCCGAUGUCACAGUUCGAGGACGCGUUUAAGGUCCUGUUCGACGGUUCUGCAUGCAAGAUCGUGAUGGACCCUUCGAAAUAAAUGGCGGCCUUGGUGUUUACCGGAGAAUCAAAAUGUGGCUCAAUGCGCUUAAUGAUUUAGAGUCCAAAUACAAGUUUGCUAUGUUUGCUCCAUUUCACGAACGGGUUGCCCUCUUAGAAUCACAAGGAGACAUCCACAUGAGCUAAAGAAACAAACAUUCCUUUGUUUUAAAAAUGGGCGAAAUUGAUUGCGAAUGAUAUUAAGAAACAAUUGACAUAAAUAAAAGAUGUAAUGAUA